AUGAAACCGCUGAUUCCACAAAAUCGUACGGGCGCAGUCGUACGACCCGGAACAAUACUAGGCCAAGAACAGAGCAUAGACAGAGAGAGCGAGAAGAAACUACUAGACAUUACUAUUGAGGAAGUUGAAGCUGCAAACACUUCUAAAAAGCCUUGGGUUGCCAUCCGCGGCAAGGUUUACGAUUUGACAGCGUUUUUGAAUAAACAUCCCGGCGGCAGCGACUUCCUUCUCGCCUCAAUAGGACGAGAUGCAACGGCAAUCAAAUAUCUUAUUGGCAAUCUAAAAGGGGCAACUAAUAUGCUAGAAUAUCGCAAGGAAAGCGCUUUCUAUAAUGACGUGAAGAAGCGUAUCGCCGCAUUAUUCAGGGAAAUAGGAAUCGACCCCAGGGAAGCUCCUGGAAUGACCCUGAGAUAUUUAUUCGUUUCUGCCGUAUUUCUCGCCAUGUACGUGUCUAUGUUUUCGAAACCGACUGCUUGGACGCGAGCUUGGAUUCCGUGGCUUUGUGCCAUUAUUACCGGUUGGGCAGGAGCAAUGAUGGGGUUCUUAUUCCUGCAUAAUGGAUGCCACGCUAACUUUACAAAGUCCCCCAAGGUCUGGAAUGUGCUUCGAAGGUUGUAUGAGAGCUUCACUGGACUCAUCACGCUUGUAUGGUUCUACCAGCAUGGACUUGAGCACCAUCCGUACACAAAUAUUGUUGGAGCCGAUCCAGAUAUCAUCUCGGAUGACCCAGGCUUGUUACGUGUCCACGACCAGCUGAUUCUCUCGAGGAAAUUGACGGAAUAUAAACAAGUCUUCGUUGACAGGAAAUAUAAGCAUAUUAAGAUCAACCCGCCGCGGCUUCGGAAUAUGUUUGGUCAGCUGUUGUUCUGGCUGCUGGCUCUCCACACAGUCUCAGAUUUAUUCUGGUCCAUAUACUUGACGCUCAUCUUUCAGGCCUCGCAUGUCAACAACGAAGUUGCUUGGCCGAACCCUUCAAAUGCAAACGUCGAAGACUGGAAGCAGUCUGAUUGGGCGGCACUGCAAAUCGAGUCAUCUCUGGACUUCGCGCAUGGGGAUUUCUGGACUACCUUCAUGUGCGGCAGCUUGAACUACCAAGCUGUGCACCACCUAUUUCCAUACAUCAGUCAGUACUACUAUCCGGAGAUGGCACCAAUCGUUAGGGAUGUUUGUGCAGAAUAUGGAGUCGGAUAUAAUUUGAAGGACAACAUAUGA